CGCCGGCUCUUGUCUGUCUGAGGGAGGCAGGUGUGCCAAGGAGGAAGGCUGGGCCCAAAUGGAGUCCCAGCAGGCUUUCCCCAGCUAGACUUUGCCCUUUUUGACUAACAUUAAGCUCUACUUAUAUGUGCCAGAUGCUACGCUGAGUACUUUAUUUGCGUAAUCACCUGAAAUCUCCUCAACAGUCCUGGACCCUGGAAGACUGAAGAAAGUGAGGUUGGCUUGAAACCGUGGAGCCACAGUUCAGUCUCUUUCCACUACAUCAUCAGGGUGCCCAGGAGCUGCCGGGAUGGCCUACCCGCCCACGUUGGCUCCCUGGCCCAGCGGGCAUACUGGGCUCUGCUGAGCCAGCAGAGGGCCCAGAGCAUCGUGGCCCUGGGCCGGAGCGGUGCUGGCAAGACCACCUGCUGCGAGCAGGUCCUGGAGCACCUGGUGGGGAUGGCAGGCAGUGUGGAUGGCAGGGUCUCAGUGGAGAAGAUUCGAGCCACCUUCACUGUCCUCCGGGCCUUUGGCUCCGUGUUCACCGGCCACAGCCGCCGUGCCACCCGGUUCUCCAUGGUGAUGUCACUGGACUUCAAUGCCACAGGCCGAGUCACGGCCGCCCAGCUCCAGACGAUGCUGUUGGAGAAGAGCCACGUGGCCCGGCAGCUGGAAGAAGGCAAUUUCGAGGUUUUCUCCCAGAUGCUAGCCAGAUUGGACCUGGAUCUCAGGACAGAACUGUACCUGCACCAGCUGGCAGACAGCAGCUCCUUCGGCAUGGGCGUAUGGCCUAAGGAAACAGGUAAAACAAGAAAUAAAAGUGUUGAGUGCUACCACCUGGAACAGAGACCACCCACCCCAAACUUGGUCAAUGGAUGACCACCAAUCAAGACACCUAAUAAAGGAAGAGCUGUGGUCACAUGGACUCACAGGGAGGAGGAUCUCCGGCUAAAAGUUUCAGUGUUUCAGGAGAGUGCGGCUGCUUUGAGAUGACAGAUGCCCCCAAGAGGCAUAUGUGCUCUAUUUUGUGACACUGAGUCAGUUACUAAGCCUGUAUGUCAAUAUCAGCACCAUGAGGAAGAGGAGCCUCUGGAAAAUGCACCCCAAUUCAUUAUAGUCACCAGAGUGUGUACUCUGUGCAGCCAUAAGGUUAACCAAAAGUAAAGCAAGCAUUUAUUAACAAAUACCCACAUCAUUCAUUCAGUCCACAAACAUUACUGAGUGGCUAAGACAGUCCAGGCACAGGAAAUGCCAAAAUGAAUGAAAUCUCAACACAAAGAACUGACAAUGGAUACUUUUAAGAAAACCAGAAAAUCCCCUUGACUUGGAAUUAUCUGCUUUCCCCACUGGCCUGAGGCUGGAGCCUAGGUCCCUCCCUUUGGCGUUAGUACUGCCAUGUCCAGGCCCCUCCUUCAAAGAGCAAACACCCAGGACAGGGACCCCAUCAAGCUCACAUCCUCAGCUUCAACGUGUUCAUCAGUUUAUCAGAUUGAUCUUUCCUGUGCCAGGAAAACCUUGACAGGGAUAUCAUGAGAAGGGGGUAGUUUUUUCUUUAAAAAAAAAAAUGAAGGGGGCAGUUAGAUAGGGAAAGUGGUAGGAACCAGGGAGACCACAACUCUUAAAAUAAUAUUCAAGGAUCACAAACAAUGUUGACGUGCUGAAUCUACCUGAGACAAACUUGCAUCAUACAUCACAGGGCUUCUGUUUCUUAGUCUGCCUUUUCCUAGACAUCAGACUGAGUGGAAUUUCCUUCUGCAGCUCCGAUAUGUACAGAUGACUGUAUCACACUAGCCUCAAAUACAUAAGUUAACAGCAAAACAGCAAUUUUUCUCUAGCUAGCCUGUAAUUACAAAUGUACACAUUUAUCGACUGGGCAAAAUUUACAACUAGCUGGUGUGCCUUCAACACUGCAGAACGGGAUUAAAAGGAGACAAUAAAGAUCCCAGCCUUCCCAAGCACAGCCUGCAGCAGAAGGCAGGACUCAGGCAAAAUAUGCAUGGCAGAAGAUGGCCACAGUCAGCAGGAUAAUGCCAUUGAUGUUCACUAUCGUCCGCCACAAAGGCUUCUCCGAGGUGUCUGUCAUCUUCAGCUUCAUGGCUGCCUCCUCUUCCUUUGUCAUUUUGGGGCCCUUCUGCUGGUCCAGACCACAAAACAGGUCAUAGGCCCGCCUGAAGCAUCCUUUUUUCUCCUCAGGAACUUCUGUGUCAGGGGAAAGGCAUAAAAGGAUUGUUGGAUACAGAAGCAGGAGGCACCAGAAAAGGUUUCCAGGGGAGAUGCCAUUCCAUGAAAGAUCUGCCAUUUUGCAGACAUUUCCCAGUUUUCUUGUUUGCAGGAAUGAAAAUGGUACAAAUUUAUGUUUGUAUAAACAUAAUUAUAAGAUGAUGUUAAUAGAUGGAUUCUACAUCCUUAUGAUCAGCUUGCCUACGUUUUAUCUCUGUUGGGCGCAAUGUAAAUACAUUUUGAUUUAGAACAGUCAGAAUCAAACAGGAAAUAAUAGUUUAUGAGAGAGAAAUGUUAACAAUUGGCUGGGGACUGUGACGUAUGAAGAACAUGGAAAACCCACCUCCCAAACACAGAAACUCAUGUCUGUUUGCUAUAUCACUGAAAAGCAAUGAGAUUGGCAUGACUCAGGAGUGCACUGGCUACACCUGGAAACUCCAAGGCUUCCAUGUGGUAAGGAUUGGUCUGAAUAGUCCCUGAUACAAGGCAGCAGUGAUCAACAUUUCCAGGGCUUAAGAUCUGAUACUGCUGAGUCGAACCAUUCAACCGACCUUGCCAUUCAAAGUGGAUGCCCACCAAGGGAACUAAUUCUGUCCUCUGAGCCCAGGUGUGGCAUUAGAGGUAGGCAGACCUGGGUUAGAAUCUCAGGUUUGUGACUCACUAGAUACAAAAUCAAGCCCACUGUGUUUUCAGCACCAUGGUCAGGGACCACUGCUCUCCACUUUCCCAAUUCUAAGAAUCACAGACUUACUGAAUUGGAAAGAACCUCAGUGGUCAAGCACAUAUAUGUGUCAGAACUGGAACCAAAACCCAGCUUUAUGGCCGCCUUUUUUUUUUUUUUUUUGCUUUUUUUUUGAAUUUUUGAAUUUUAUUUUAUUUAUUUUUUUAUACAGCAGGUUCUUAUUAGUUAUCCAUUUUAUACAUAUUAGUGUAUAUAUGUCAAUCCACUUUAUGGCUGUCUUAAUUCACCUCUCAUAUUCAAGUAUAUGUAAAGUUGGAUAAAUAACACCUUCUUUAUUAAUAAGAUUUCCUGAGAGAGUGCCCAGUGUGUAGUAGGGGGUUAAGAAGUGUUAGUCCCCUUCCAUUCCCUCUCUUUUCUCUCACACACAUAAAAAAGAUAGACAAACCUCCUUGUACCCCUCCAUUUCAGUAAACUCUACCAAAAUAGGAGAAUGGGGAGGGAGUAGCAAGGAGUUGGGCUCACUAACCAGCCCAAGUGAGAAAUGCCUGGUUAUCUGGGUCAAUAAAAAGUUGGGUGGCCUUGACAAAGUCUUUAUGUCUCAUUUUCCUCAUCUGUAAAAUUGUAAGACUUAUACUUGCAUUAUAUGCCUUACAAGUAUGAUGCAGUGCUAAAAUGAAUCCCUAAAGUAUUCAUAAUUAAAAUAUGUUAUGAUCAUAUCAAUAUCAGUCAUGAUGACAAUGGUGCUGGUGGUGAUGAUAUGGGGAUAAUGAUGAUGCAGCUGCAAGUUUCCUCAUGUUGCCAUUUCUCAGAGAAUGUUGAGGGUCACACCUAUUGCCUGCAAAAGCCCUCAAGAAAUCUUCAUUUAUUGAACUUUAAUAGGGCAGGGUGUUCAGUCUGAUUUCACCAUGAGCUCAUCAAGAAACAACAGAAUUCAAGUGCUGCCAGGAACCUCAGAAGUCACUAAGCCAGUUCUCUAGUCAGUGUAGGAGUCUCCUCUAUGGCAUCCCUGUUAGAAGCAUACUUGCUGCCCACCCCUUUCCAGACAAACACAGAAAACUCUUCCUUAAGUAUCAGUAAUGACGGUGAUAACUAUAGCCAAUUCUUAUAGUGGAGGAUUAUCUUAUUCAAUGUUUCCAACAGUGCUAUGAAGUGUAGCCUAUCAUUUAGAAUACUAUUGUGAGGAACUUGAGCUUUAAAAAAAUGGAAUCUCUUGCCCAGGGUAGUAAGUAGAGAAUUCAGGAUUCAACCUCAGUUCUCCCCAAAUCCAAAUACCACACUGUUUCUGCACUAUCCUGCCUCCAUACUUCAAGUUAAAUUGGAAGCGUUCUUUCCACUCAUCUGUCUUAAGCCUUCCCUGUGGUCAGAGCUAAUCUCUUCUUCCACAUUAAAACAUUCAAAAUAUGCCUCAUCCGUGUUCCUUUCAAAUCUGUGAUAUUCUCACUCAAUGUGGAGACAUUUUGGGGGGUGGGAGAAGUAGGGGGCAUGUUCACACCUGCUUGCCCCAAGGAAGCAGGAAGGGGCAGCCUUUUUCAAUACCAUGGCCAGCUGCCUAUGGCUCUAGGUUCCUUCCAGCACUUGCAGGGUCACAUUUCAGAACUGA